UAGUGUUGAUUAUAAAACAAAAGGGAUCAAAAAUACAAUUUUGCCAAUGCUAGUGAUUUGUUAUUAAUAGUAUUCAGAAAAUUGCUGUUAACAAAUGAAGUGCAAAGCCAAAUAAAAAGUACAGACUUUUAUAAGAAAACUUUUUGAAUUAAUUGUAAUGAAAAUACUGUAGCAGUAGUGGACAAACAAAUUAUGUGAAGCUUAUACAUUUGUGAAUCGUGAUAAUUGCGAAAGGUUGUAUCGAAGUAUGUGGCAAUUACAUGAAAGUAAUAAUACAAGAGGUGUUAAAUGACUUUCUCACAGUAUUACAUUUAAUUUUGGAGUGUGCUAUUAUUACUGUGCAAAUCAAUAAACGACUAGUAAUACGUUGAAGAUUACGAAGUCAACAAAAAAUCCCAGAUAAUACAAAAUUUAUUUAAUGGAAUACGUUUGUAUAUAUAAACAAAAGUGCAUUGAAAUGAAUUGCAGCUGUAGUGAAAUACAAAAAGAAACACUAUAACUUAGUGAUAGCCGUAAUAACAACAAAAAGGCAUUUAAAUUAUUAUGGCGUACAAAAUCUUCGAAAUGAAUUAUUGAAAUACUUAUACAUAUUUGUUAUUGGUAAAAUUGCUUGACGGGUAUAAGAGGAAAACACUAACCAAACCAACUACAAAUCAUUUAUUCGUGGCAAAAAAGAAAAUUUGUCUACACUUCCCAGUCAUCCUUGACAUCUAAUUCUUUGGUAUUAAACUUUUGUUGGUCAUCUGAGUGGUCAAUGGCUGACUUCGAUGCAAUUUAUGAAGACGAACAACUGGAGGAGCACUAUGAAGAUCAAAUGGUCGCACCUGUCCCAGAGCCAAUCAUCAUACGAGGUGCUGGUAACAUGACAGUAUUUGGUUUGAGUAAUCGUUUCAACAUAGAAUUUCCCUCGGGUCUAGUUUCGCGUGUUGCACCUGAAGAAUUCAAGGCAACAAUUGGACGUAUUAAUGGUAUUUUGAAGAAAACAUUACCAGUAAACGUGAAAUGGCUAUUCUGCGGCUGUGUAUGCUGUUGUUGUACAUUGGGUUGUUCUCUUUGGCCGGUCAUUUGUUUGAGCAAACGGACGCAAAACACUCUUGAUAAGCUGCUUGAAUGGGAGAAUAGCCAUUUGUAUCAUAAACUAGGCCUACAUUGGCGACUUCAUAAGCAACAAUGUGAUUCAAAUUCGAUGAUGGAGUAUGUGCUGCGUAUUGAAUUUAUACCGAAGACGCCUAUUUAUCGUCCGGAUUAAAUAAACAGAUUCGAUCUACAAGAACAUCAUUUUAAGCGGGGAAUGGGGGGUUUUAAGUCGGCCUAGCUUUGAUUAUGUAUAGAGUUUGAAAUAACUUUUAUUAGAAUAACUGGAAGGAACUAUAAAUACUAAUUAAAACCAAUCGAAACUAUUAGUUUGUAUAUAUGAACUUAUACGUAUUACAUAUGUAUAUGCACUUGCUAAUAACUAAUAUAUAAACGGUAAAAAAUGAACCGUCAGCUGAUAUUGAAUUGCCAUCUGUGCGCAACUAAUUAUUAUAAAUAUAGUUAUUAUGAAUGGAAAUGUAAGGAAGAGUUUGAAAUAAUUUUGUUGCGAACGAUUUAAAUGAUAUUUUGGGGUUGCUUUUAUUUAUCUUUUUUUUGCUUUCACUCAUGCGCAUGCUAUGGUCACUUAGAAAAAUAUGGCAAAAUUAAUUUCUGCUGAUUAAUUUCUGUAAAUGUGAUGAAAAGUAUAAUAAAACAUUUCUAAUUUAAUUUUAAUUUACAAGAAUUUAAAGAAAACAACUAAUAUUAAUUGAAAGCAUAUGCUUCAAUGAGAAGAUUGUAAUCGCUUAGAAUUAAGUCACUUACAUUUAUUUAAAAAAAUGCUAAUAAAGAUU